ACUCCCUCCCUUGGCGCACCUUGUUUCGUUUGUGAUCAGCUGUACCCGUGGAGUUUAAGCUUUGUUUGGUGGUUCUAUGGAUCACUGCGAGAUUUACUCAACUCGAGGUAGCGCCUUGGAAUCAGCAGUCACUUUACCUAGAAGUCAUGGAAAACUCAAACGGGACCAAGGGGAACUUAUGGAUGAUGCUGUAAAACUUUCUGCUAUUAAAAUUUCACGACAUUCACAACCAUUAGAUUCAGAUGGUCUAACCGUAAUAAACACAUCUGAAACAAACGCCAUGAGUGUUUUACCUCGUCUACUUCGAACUAUGACAAGCAGAAAUCCUCAGGCAGCUAAUGACAAUCGAUCUGGCGUUGAAAAUAAUCAAAUUUCAAAUGGUGAAUUAUGCUUUUCAGUAUCUAUCCCUGGAUCAGCUGUCAGUGAUAGUGAUUCUUCAUCUUCAUCUUCCUCUUUUAUGUCAACUCCAUCUUCCGGUUCAUCAUUGAUUUCGUUUCUUUCUCCUGGACAUUUAGGACCUGUUGCUGCUAUGGCCGCUGUAGCGUUGUCAACUGCUGUAACUACAAUGUCUGUAAAUGAUAUUCAAGAAUCUUCAGGUCUAGUAACUUUAGCAACUGCUAGUAGCCUAAUUGAAAAAGAAUGGCGUGCACGUGCUUCGGUUGUUAAUAGUAAUAAUGAAAGUGUAAAUAAUGUAAAAGAACAUGCUGAAACUGCACUUACUGUCCAACAUCAUACUGAUUUAUUAACAUCUACUAUUCAGGGAAAUAUUGAUAGAAAUCAACAAUUCGCUUUGGAUGGUUCACCACCUUUAGUAAUUGGAGCUUUAAAUACUUCACCAUCACAGUCCUUAUUAAAUGAAUCGACUCCAGUGACCAGAGCUGUGUUGAACGUCCAAAGUUUAGCGGCUUUUAUUCGUGAAACUCAAAAACAAUGCUCUAUAUCCAGUCCAACUACAUCUAUUGAACUUCCUCUAACGUCAGUUUUCCCUCUUCAAACUGAAACGAAAUUAACUUCUUCAUGUAAUGUCAGACAAGUUUCUUCACCUUCCUAUCUUUUACCUUCUGCAUCCACUCCAUCUUUUCUACCAAUGACUCCGGUUCCACAAAAUCUUCCAACUGUUUUAGAACAGACUUUACAUUCAGAAUCAGUAGCAGUAAAUCAUAAUACUAAUCCAUCACCACCUAUUCAGUCAACUGCAUUCAUAUCUUUACAACCUGCACCAGGUUCUUUAAUUAGUCCUUCUGAUUUACAACAGCUUGUAGCAAGUGGGGAAUUCAUGUCCUCAGCAGCUCGGCAAACUUUACUUGGUCAGUCUUCUGAUGGAUCUACACGACAACUUUAUCUGCUCGUACCAAGUGACUGUCCUGUAAUUAUGCCAAGAGUUUCAAAUAAUCAACCAACUGUGACUCCUAUUCUACCAUCUACGUCUCCUUUGAUUGAAUCUAUUCCCACAAGUGCCCCAAUAUUGGAAGCUAUAUCCCCAGGUGUAGAACCUGAGGAAAAUAAUGUUCAAAUGCAAUCUGAAUCGUCAACAUGUAAUAAUGCACAACAAGUGCUAACUUCUGUUUCACAUUUGGCAACUACAAUGCUUAAUCCAAUGAGUUCUGCAUCCACGACGGCAUUAUCUACUUUUCUGGCUGGUUUGGAAGCUCGUAAUCAUCAGCCUAUACAACAGAUUCAAUUAGGUGGGUUACCUUUAUCUGCCGUAACAUCUUCACUGUCUUGUUCUUAUUCUGACUCUUCAUCAACUCACACUGCUAAAGAUUCAUCAGCUCCCAGUUGUCCACAACUUAGAAUUCCACUUCAAGUUUCUGGCCUUCCCAUUUCCGAGAAUGGUUCAUUAUCAGUUGAACAAAAUGUUUACCCCGUUACAAAUAACGUUGCGAACUCUAUAUUAGGUGUUGUAAAAAGCGAUCCUGAUAUGUACACUCCUAAUGGGCAUACUUAUUCAUCUUUAGUAGAUGAAACUAAUCGUUUCCGAUCUUAUCCAACAUAUACUCAACAAUUAUCUCAUCAUUUACCUCAUAAUACAACUGUGAGACAGUCUGUUCUAGCUGCCUCUUCUACAACAUCAAAUAAUUCUUUCUUUCAACAAGAAUCUUCAGAUUCUUUAUCAUUAAAUCAAACGUGUUCUGUACCAAAUAAUAUCACAUCAAAUAAUACAACUACUGCUACUAUUACUAAUAAUAAUAGUAAUAACAAUGGAGAGGAAUCAUUAACAAAUGGACAUUUUCAAUCACCAAUGUCACAUUCAAAUGUUUCAGCAACUAAUACAUUUACUACUUCAUUAACACCUAAUUCAGAUAAAACUCUACAGUUGCCAACGUCAUCUAAGUCUAAUACUUCAAUAGAUGAAUGUCGUAGAAAUUCAGUAACAAACACAAUAUUAAAUACAUCCAACAAUCGGUCAGAACAAGUCAAGGGUUCUGCAACUUAUCUAGAACAUUUAAAUCCAGAAUCCAAAGAUAUACGACGUCGUGUCAGCCAUAAUGAAGUUGAACGUCGACGUCGAGAUAGAAUUAAUACGUGGAUAAGUGAGUUGUAUAAAUUAUUACCACCGGAUGAGCAAACUAAAUCACAAUAUCAAAGUAAGGGUAUUGUACUAAAACGUGUCUGUGAAUAUUUUCAAAAUGUGGAUAGUAUGCUGAAAGCAGCUAAUUCAGCAGUUGAACAGGUAUGUUUUUGUUUAGUGUUGAGUGUUGUUUUUUGUUUAUUUUUGUCGUUUCAUUUUUUGUUUCAUGAUGGUAGUAUCAGUGUAGACAGAUGAAGUUGAACACCGAUUAGAUCCUAGUUUAGUUGUUAUCAAAGUGCCCUAGUACGGUUGAGGGUGAGGAAAGUCCGCUAUCCCUCUCGAAUUGCUCUCAUUUGUCCACGCAUAUAUAGCCACUGACAGGGAAAUGCUACUCAUUGUCUUCUCGAGGCAGGAUUAUUGCUCACGAAAUUGCGAGGACGAAAAGCUAACAUCUCUCUCUGGCUCAAACCGGGUUCAUAGGUACGACGGAGGAUUCACUUAGUGGUGUUGGAAAACCCUGAUUACAAACUAUAUAUAGCAUAUAGCUCCCAGGAUCCCGAGGUAACAAAUGAUGUAUGGACCUAUUGUUGGUUAUCGGCUACCAUAGAAUUGUAUCUCCUCACGUUGUACCACUGCUUUGUUGAUUAGAUCGCUAGAUCAAAGGUUUGUGGAGUAGCCCUCUAAGAAGUCACCCGCUUAGGUUUUGGUGCCCGAGCGGUAUUCCAACCAUUACACAAAUCGAAUGACAAAGUGUGGCGCAUACAUUUCGGUGCAUCCUUGUAUCAAUCUUUGUGGUCAAAUUAAUAAAUGGUUAAGGGUUUGUGCGCAAGACCAAAGCUCCUGGGUUUAAUCACAGUUUCGGGGUUGUGAAAGCUCACUGCCCUGGAGUUCUGUACUAGAAUGAAACGGCCGUCUAGUACUUCUAUUUUCCCAAUGAUUGCCUAACUUAAAUUGGUUCGUGAAUUCAAUGAAUUUUGGAUUUUGUAAAACCUAUCACACUUCUUAGGUCAAUACUUAGGUUAAUUACAUAUGUUUCCAUUGAGUUGUGCUUAUCUUUACAACCUUCAUCUACGCACUAUCUGGUUUCUGACUCAGCUGAUUAUUUGUUGCACGGAAUAAAUAGGCAGUUUUUUAAUUGAAACAAUAAUCGAGAACAUUUCUAACGAUUAAAGUCUAUCGUGGUAAAACCAUAAUUUAUGGAUGACCUUUGAGCGACCCCAAAAGGACCACACGAAAAACUCACCUAUCUACAAGGGUUUAAACAGUAUAACGAAACAGAAUAGGGAUUUACAGUUAAAGUUAGGGUUACGAAUUAGAGUAAGUGUUUUCAUCACGAAGUGGCAUCAACUAUAAUGCCAAAGUGCUAUUUAACCAUAUGAAAGGAUGAAUUUCGCGCUGAAACUCAAGACUCACUAUUUUAUAUGUGAUUGGUUCAUCCAUAAACUGUAUAUUUUCCGCCUUUUUAAUAAUGUCUCCCACCCAAAGCUAGUUUCAUUAUACAUUGGCAAGAUAAUUCCAAUCAUAUUCAUUAACCUUAUUUGUGUAUCCACACAAAAUGUAGUUGAAUAAACCAAUUUCACGGGACUUUCUUAAUAUUUUAUUGAAAUCGCGAACCCGUCUAAGUUAAACAACCAUUGAAAACAUUGAAGCACUAAACGUCCGUCUCAACCUAGUAUGGCAAUCCUCAACGGUGAGUUUUUAUGAUCCAGUAGCUUGAGAAUUGAACCCUAGGAUCUUCAAUCUUCCAUGUAAAUCAUGAGAUCAGAAAGUGUACAAGUUUAUGUGACUACCUUUCAUUAUCUUCAAUUGAUAUAUUUCCCACACCUGAUACAGUUGAAUCUCACAUUUAUUUUAUUUAUUUAAACACAUGAAUAUUGGUACAAAGAAGCACCACAUACAUAUGCGCCACACAAAUCUUAUUUGGUUUGUGUAAGAGCCGUGAUACUGCCAAUGUGCCCAAACUGAAGCAGAUGGUUUUCUGAAGGGGCCACAUCUGGAGCUUUUGACCUAAAUGUCUGAUCCACAAGGCAGUGGAGCAUCGUAAGGAAAUGCAGUCCCAUGGUAACCGGUGAACAACGAUUGAUUCAUACACCAUUUGUUUCCUCAGGAUCCUGGAUCCCAUGUACACCAUUUGUUUGGAAUCGGCGUUUUCCAACUCCCCUAGGUGGACGCGCCGUCUCCACCAACCCGGUCAAAGUGCCGGACAUUCUUUUUUCGUCCUCUCAAUUUUGUAAACAACAGUAAUGUCACGAGAAGGUAGUGAGUAGGACUUCCCUGGUAGAGGCUAUAUAGGCGUGGUCAUGUGAGAGCAUUUGAAGAGGGGGAGCGAACUCUUCCCACUCUCGACUGUACCAGGGAAUUUAUUCAUUAUUUCUCAUUUGUAUUUUUUUAAAUAUUAAUAAUCCUAAUCAUCAUCAACUGUUAUUUCAAUUAGCAAUAAUUUUUAGAUUUUUUUUCCUCAAUCUACUUUUAUUCAUAAUAAUAUAGUAGUAGUAGUAGUAGUAGUUGUUGUUGUUGUUGUUGCUUUUGGUACAAUGUAAAAUUGUCGAUUUGGCUGGCAAAAAUAAACAUUACCAAUGGAGGAUAAACUGUAUUAUUAUGUCUUAUACCCCUUUGUGUUAUAUCACUAUUAAUAAAUCAAUUUUCAGCUGAUUUCAAUUACUCCUAUGUCUUAAUAAUACACAUAAAAAAACUAUUCAAAAAAUUAUGUAUAUGUGUGUGUAAUUAUAGUCAGUCGAUCAGUUACGAUGUCAGAUUCAUUGGUCGUUUUGCUAACUAACACUAACUACUAUUACUGUUACUACAAGCAUAUUAGUGCUUGUUUACACGUGUUUUUUUAUACUUAUUUUGUUUGUUCAUUUAUAAGUUGUUAUAUUCAUGUGUGUAUGUGUAUACAUAUGUUAUACGGUCUGCCAGAUGAUAUAUAUUUCAGUCGUUGAACAUGUUUAGUUAUUGCCUUUCCUCUCAGUUAUAGUUUCUUAAUGUCAUAAUUACACAGAUUACCAAAAAUUAAACUGAACUGUUUGUGAUUUUGCAAAAUACAAACAGUCAUGUAAAAAUAGCUAGCUAUAUACAAAAAUAUACAUGGCAUCAAGCCCCUAAAUGCCGUGGUACGGCAGAGAAAGGUGAAAGUCCACUCUCCCUCUCCAAAUGC